AUGGCGGAUGGUGAAACAAAUUAUCCACUGGGUUCACCAUUACAGCAAGUACAUAUGUGUGAGGAACACGAUUCAAUCAUUGACAUUCUGUGUGAGGAUUGUUAUGCAUUUAUUUGUUCUGUCUGUGCAAGAUUGAACCAUAAUGAUCACAAAUGGGUAACUCAAGCCACGGCAGCUUUACAAAGAAGAAGAGGACUCCAUGAAUAUCUUUGUAGUAUAAAGGAAGAAAAAAUAUCAAGGAUUGACGAAGACAUACAGAAGAUGGUGUCACAGAUCGAAGAAAAUGAAAACAUUUGUGAUGUUCAGAUAAAAGACUUACAGGAGCAUUAUAAUGAAAUCAUAUUCAAGCUAGCAGAAAUCAAGAAAAAUCAAGAACAUAUACUGAAAGACAAACUAUUCAAAACGAAUGAAAAGGUAAAGAAUGCAAAAAAUCAGUUAGAAAAGAAAAAGAAACUUAUGAUUGACAUGGUGGAAUUCAUGGAGAAAAACAAUACUUCCAUGUCUGAUUUCAGCUUGAUUGACAAUCACAAACAACUUAAAGAUUUAUUGUUAGAAAUGGAUACAUAUUUUAAUAAUUGUGGACAUACAACAAAGUACAAUAGAGGAGAAUAUAAGCAGGAUAUAUUGGAGUAUAUGAUGGGUCAAAUAUUAGACUUAGAUGACAUUUGUCAUGCUGAAACAAACUCAUUCAAAUAUGGAGAAAAAGGAAUUGCUGUUUUGCAGGCAUUCUGUGAAGAUGAAUGUUAUAUAAAAGGUAUUCAAUUAGAUUGCAUUGAUAGAGUCAACAAACAAGGAAAAAUAAAAUAUCGAUUCAGUGUGUCUCCUGCGGGUGUUUGUGUCACUGAUAAUGGUAACGUUUAUAUAACUGAUAAUGAGAAAAAUUCCAUUUGUCGUCUGUUUCCAUCGGGGCGUGUCUUUGAAAUAUAUAGUACAGAACCAUUGAUACCUGAAGGAAUAUGUCAAUCAGUGGACGGUGGGCUUUUUUUCACAUUAAGAGACAACGAAUCUUCCGUCUUUCAAUUAAACACAUGCAGCAGACGCCUUGUAAAAAAACUUACAUUAACCGGGGUCGAUGAGUUUGAGUUUCAGAAGGACAGUCGUACGAGGUUGUUUACAUGGCCUAUCAGAGUCAUGCAGAAUAGUAACACUGAUAUUUGUGUUGUGAACCUGACAAGCGACACAACAGGUGAAAUUGUGAUUGUGUCUUCUUCUAGUCAUCUGAGGUCUGUAUACAGUGGACAUGAUCUGCUAGGAAGCUUUUGUCCAUUUAACCUUGUGUGCGACACCCAUUCAAACAUUCUUGUUACUGACCCAACAAACCACAAUAUCCAUUUACUGAGUCCUGACGGAAAGUUUCUGAAGUAUUUACUAACAGAGAGAGAAGUGACCUCGCCAAGUUCAAUAUCACUACAUAGAUCUACACUGUGGGUUGGAGAUUUUUAUGGGCGCGUAAAAGUGUUUCACUACAGUCAUUCCCAAUAA